UGAGAUCAGUCGGCUGGACCUGGGCCUGAUUGUUGAAGUAUGGAACAAAGGGCUGAUCUGGGACACUAUGGUCGGGACUGUGUGGAUUGCACUUAAGGCCAUCCGGCAGUCUGAUGAGGAAGGACCUGGAGAAUGGUCUACGCUGGAGGCAGAGGUCGUAAUGAAGCAUGAUGAGAUCUGUGGCACCAAAAAGCCAACUCCCCAUAAAAUUUUGCUGGAUACAAGAUUCGAGUUACCUUUUGAUAUCCCUGAGGAGGAAGCCAGAUAUUGGACCAAAAAACUAGAACAGAUAAACUCUUUGGGAGAUCGUGAUGAGUAUUCAUUUUCAGAAGAAGUCCAGAAGAAACCAUUGCCAACUGCUGCCUCCCAGUGUUUCCUGCUGGCAGUAGCAGGUAUGGCUCCUCAUGUAAUGUCAGUCAGGGAAGCUCUCAGCUGAGUGAGCUGGACCAUUACCAUGAAAGCACCCAUGGGUCUGAGCAGGAGGAUGAACACCGGGAAGGGGAAUCCAAUCAUUCCUGUCGCAGCUCUGGCAGCUAUCAGAAGGAUGGCCAGGACUGGCGCA